CCCAGGGCCGCUUUGAUCACCGCAGCUAUCUGGGCUCACGCCGCCUUGGCUCAGGGGCAUCCUGUUCAGCUGCUGCGUACCCUGCAUUCGUAGAUUCUCCCUCGCACCUCACUGCACCCAGCGCGGCCAUGUGGCGAUUCGCGUCGGCCCCGCUGCUGCUGCCGAGCGCUAUUGGCCUCCAGCAGCCUCCCAGUGCCGGCGAGCGGGAGUUCGCCGCCUGGAUGAGCACCCAGGAGAGGCGCGCCCGUGGGGUCAGGAACUGUCUUUCGAGGAUCUUGAGGACAGGGCCUCCGAGGACCAGCUCGCCAAGACAAAGGAGCUCAAGGCGUCGGCGCUGGAGGGGAUACGGGAGUCCAUGUCGAGCAAUCUGCACAGGGCGGAGAUGGAGGUCGACGCCUCCUCCGCACUGGAGGGCUUCGCGGAGCCCCUCAACGAGACCGAGGCCUCCGAGAUCGCCGACGCUUGGCUCACCAUCCCAGGCACCGACGUCACCUUCAGCUACAACACCCACUGCGACCCGGUGGCGGGCUGUCGCAGCAGCGGCCACAAGGUGGGGCAGCCGUCCUUCCAGGAGAUGCACCGUAACGUGCUGGCCUCCCUCCGCGCCAUGCGCUUCUGCUUCAGCGACGUGCUCGUGAUCCUCGACGUGCCCCACGUGGGCCAUGACAAGCUCGGCCCCGAGACGCCUGGCAACGUCUCCAGCCACAUGGUCGUCCCCAAGGAGGCGCCGGGCUCCUUCAGCGAGAUGCGGCUGGCGGCCGGCCAGACCGUCAAGAGGUUCACCGUGGACUCCGGGCUCUCGACGGCGGCCACCGCCACCGCCAAGGCUGCCGCGGAGCUGCUGCGCGACCACUGCCCUGCCGCUGCUCCGCAGUGGAAGGUGAAGGUCAUGGACUAUGGCUCCCAGGAGGUGCGGCAGCGGGCACUUGAGCACUACGCCAUCCCAGACGGCGAGAAGAACACCAGCUUCUUCGACAACAUGUACAUCAACACGAUGGCUCUGGACGAGAACUUCCAGGCCAAGAGCCAGUAUGUGUACCACAUGGACGCUCAGUGGCGUCUCUACAGGAGCAAUUUUUCGAGGAGCACCCCGAACUUCAUCGAGAAGGCGGUCUCUCUGAUGAAGACGGACAGCCGGGUCUACAUGGCCUCGGUUAUCAACACGUUCAAUCUCGAGCCUCAGAAGAAUCCAUACAACAAGUUCGCAGUGAUUCCCGGUUCUGUGCAUGGCAGCACCCCUAUCGAGCGUGUGAAGGGUAUGCUGCAAGGCUGGAGCAAAGAUCAGUGGCUGUCGCAGAAGCGUCCGCUCCGCGGAGAAGCAUUCCACGGAAAGUGGGAGGACCCUGAGGUAAACCAGAAGAUCGCGCUCUUCAAGAUGAACUGGGAGAAGUGGGGUGGCAUCGUCACCCGCCACCAGUUCCUUAUGGACACUCAGCGAUUCAAGAGCCUUUUCCCGCUCGAGGAGUGGGACACGGCUGCAGAACACAUGUGGUCUUCCAAUAUGAACAAGAAGGCCCCCGACAGCGCCUUCCAGAUCUACUUCAACGAGACGGUGGGUAUCUUCGCCGGACCUUCCGAGGCUUGAUUAAUGUCGCCCCCGCGCCUGUCUAGGUGGGUCUACCGGAUUUAUGUUGUUGCAGCCCUGUAGUCUGUGGCGCAUGAUUCAGGCCGUCCUGAAGUCGCUCGGCGUGGGCGGUCUUUCAUUUUGUACUACGCAGCCAAGCCACUGGUCGAUAGGUAUUCUUGGAGCUGCACGCCUGUGGGCCGCAAGACUGUCCUCCUCUUCUUCCUCCUCCUCCGCCUCUUCCUCCUGCCCUUCCUCAUCCUCCUCAUCCUCC